UGUCCCCUAGAUAGCGGUACAGAUCCUUGCGUUCUCCGGGUAUGAAUCACAAAGUCCGCAGAAAUGUGAGUUGGAGGGCACGAAAGAAAGCAGCGAGGUCACAAGACAGUUCUAGUUCUCAGGGAAAGAAGAGACAGCACGUUCCCGGUACCAGCCAAGCUCCUGGGAUCCUCUGAACGAGUGCCAACAUCGCCAGGACUCGUUAAUUGUCGCUAUUGUCGUGCGUUAAUCGUUCUAUUGUGAGAAACGUUUGACAAUUGCUUGCGGGUCAUCGCUUCUUUUGUAGGGUUUCAUUGUUUACAUUCAGCCAUGUCAUGCCCGCAGGGGAAACCGAGGACUUUCGCUGGUCUUUCCUGGGCCGUGGUUCGUGUCGUUGUGCUUUUGAACUUGGAGAUUGAUGUGGUAGAAGGACUAGAAGCGGGUCCGUACGUAUGGACCCCGUCACCGUGGGAAGAGUGCGAGCGCGGCGGGGGAGAGUGCAACCGAGCCCGCCGGGCUGUCUGCCUCCGCGCGGUGGACAGCCGCAUGGUUCCGCCGUACUACUGCCGCGAACAGGACGACUCGGAACUACCCGUUCUGAGCGAGCCAUGCUACAACUGUACACAAGACUGCGUGCACUCCGUCUGGUCUCCGUGGUCGGAGUGUUCGGCGACCUGUGCUCCCGAGGCGACCCGGUACCGUACCCGGCGGGUGCUGGUCCCAGCCCGUGGGGAGGGCGCCCGGCCCUGCGGCCCCUUCUCCGAGGUGGAAGACUGUCCGGACCUCCCCGUCUGCACGGUGGAGAUAACGGUACGCAGCUACACGUGGAAGGUCGGGCCAUGGACAAGCUGUCGCCAGAUCCCAUUGUCAGCCAGACCCAAGCAGAGCUCCAUCGGCAGCUGUGACAGCGGACUGAGAACACGGGAGGUCGCGUGUAUCGACUACGAGGGGAACGCCGUCAGCGACCCGUUCUGUAUGGAAGGGAGGAAAGGUGCGUCCAGACCUGCGAGCUCGGAGGCCUGUGUUCUGCCAUGUGACUGCCAGGUGUCAGACUGGGGAGACUGGGGGGCAUGUUCUAAAACUUGCCAUGACACGGACUCAACAGAUGAUCAGGAUAUGGGACUUCAGACGAGGACCCGAACGGUGGUGAGGCUGCCCCUGAACGGAGGUCUUCCCUGCCCGUCCCUUUCUGAACAGGCACACUGUAAUGUCUCCGCACUGCCACCCUGCCCAGUAUACAGCUGGCACAGUGAGUCCUGGGGGGAGUGUGUUCUGGAUGAGGAGACGGAGGGGGUGUGUGGGGCAGGCUGGCAGGGCAGGCAGGUGUGGUGUACCGAGGAGGCAGACCAGGACAACAGGCCUGUCAACAACGCUCUCUGUCUGCAUGGAGACAACACGACCUCCGCACGGCCAGCCGUACGCCGUGCCUGCCGUGUGCCGUGUCCGCAGGGUUGUGAACUGGGAGAGUGGCAGAACUGGUCACCCUGUACCAAGAGCUGCGGCACAGGCGGACUGAGGUUACGUUUCCGAGAGGUUCUAAUCCCGGCGGCGCACGGCGGCGAGCAGUGUGAUGCCCAGGUGCAGACUCGGGAGUGUGAACCCGUGGAGUGCUCCUGGUGGCACACAGGUCGAUGGAGCAAGUGUUUCUUGAACUUCGGGUUGGACCAGCCGUGCGGCCCGGGGUCCCAGAUCAGGGUCAUGUACUGUAAGAGCGCGCUGGAUGAGGUUCUUCCUCGGGAAAACUGCUCCCAUAUUCAGGAACCACAACGCGAGAAUAAUUGCAAGGUCCCGUGUCCAGGUGACUGUGUGGUGUCGGAGUGGUCAGACUGGGGACACUGCUCCGUGUCCUGUGGUGUAAAGGGAGGAUUCCAGACACGAAUUAGACAAGUUCUAGCUUACUCCAGAAACGACACGGAGUGUCUGCCUGCAGAUGAGCUGGUGCAGAGGCGUGUAUGUAACCAGCAGGUGCCCUGCAGCACGUACCUGUGGCAGGUCGGGCCCUGGGGCGGCUGUCAGUCCGUCAAUCAAACCUGCGGAGACGACAGCGGCGUACAGACACGACCGGUCUACUGUGGGAAAGACACGGGUUCUGCAGUAGAUGAGGAACUUUGUGAUGCGGACUCCAAACCCCCGAGACAGCAGGCCUGUUCAGUCCCCUGUCCCGAGGACUGCAUGCUCAGUAAAUUCAGCGGCUGGUCCGAGUGCAGCCAAACGUGUGGAGACGCAGCCCUUAAAUUCAAGACUCAGAGGAUCCUCAGAGUGGCAGCAAAUGGUGGGAAGGCAUGUCCCCCUCACAGCAAGGAUGGUAUUGUGACUAAGCGGCGUCGGUGUAAGAACCUCCCCCCCUGCUACACCUAUGAUUGGUCACCGGAGCAGUGGGGCGAGUGUCAGGCUCUGUUCGGGAAGUGUGGGCCGGGGUACCAGACGCGCAAGGUGGACUGUGGGAGGAACGAUGGGGUCACAGCUGACCAUGGAGUUUGUGUUGAGAAGUUGCUAGCCAACCCACCUCCCUCCCAGAAGCGCUGUUUCAUCCCGUGCCCUGGAGACUGUGUGCUCUCUGAUUGGUCAGACUAUGGACCCUGUUCCCAGACGUGUGGGGACCUGCCGGGAACCAUGGUCCGGACACGAUACAUCGUCAACUUGGACCCCACCCAGACAGAGAAAGAGCAGUGUCCGCACAUCCGGGAUGAGGACCUUGUUGAGCAGGCACCAUGCAACGGACAGCCCUGUCUGACGUACAACUGGGAAAUGGGGCCUUGGAGGAGCUGUAUCCCGCACAAGGAUGCCAUGUGUGGGCGUGGCCUGCAGCACGCGGUGGUCCUGUGUGUGCGGAGUGAUGGACAGCAGGUGGAGCCGGACCUGUGUGAGGAGCGGCUCCGCCCCUUGUCCAGCCGACCCUGCGACGUGCCCUGUCCUGUGGACUGUCAGGUCUCGGACUGGUCGGAGUGGAGUCUGUGCUCACACGUCUGUGGCUUAGGUACUAAGAACAGAGCGAGGGAGGUCGUGCGCCCUGCCCAACACGGCGGCCGACCCUGCCCCGACCUGCUGCAGACCACGACCUGUUCGCUCAGGUCAUGCGAGGACCUGGAGUGGGAAGUGUCCGAGUGGAGUGCCUGUGCCGUGAGAGGAACAUGUGGGGAGGGUUACCAAACCAGGUCGUACAACUGUCCCCUGGGGGAGGGCUACUUUGAGGUGACCCAGUGUGAAUGGAGUGCUCCCAUCCCUCAGACUGUGCGGAUGUGUGAUCUGCCAUGUCCAGGUGACUGCGUUCUCUCGGAGUGGUCGGACUGGUCCGAGUGUUCCUUACCGUGCUCCGAGGGCGGAGGCUACAAGACUCGUACAAGAGAGAUGGUGCGGCGUCCGAUCCCAGAGGGCAGGCAGUGCGGUAACACGACAGAGAUUGCGUCCUGCAAGGCGGACUGCCAACACGAGUACCGCGUACAGGUGUCCUCCUGGACGGGCUGUAUGGUACCUUCUGGGGAUGUCUGUGGAAAAGGUACGAGACACCGUACGGUAAACUGUGUCCGUGAUGACGGCAUGUUGAUGUCGUUAUCGCACUGCCACGACACCAAUGUCACCCGCAGCGAGCCCUGCAAACUCGAAUGUCCCGUGGACUGCAACCUGGGAGGCUUCUCCGAUUGGACGACCUGUACCGGGGCUUGUGGACUCUCUGCGUACCGGAACAGAACACGAGAAAUCGCAGAGGAAGGGAACAAACUUGGAAGACCAUGUCCUAGCGAGCUCCUACGCACACAGACCCUCCCCUGUGACCCUGCACCAUGCUACACCCACUCCUGGGAGCGAGGAGACUGGGGAGACUGCAGUGUGGCAAGCCAGGGCUGCGGGAUCGGGGAGAGAACACGAACUGUGAAGUGCCACCGGAGUGACGGCAGGAUGGUGGAUGAGAUAUACUGCCUUGUAGAAGAUGACAUCACCAGCCUGGACCCCUCCCAUGUGCAGCUGGUUCUAUCUGGUGUGAACCGGACUGAGCUGGAUAUAGAGACCAGUCAGAGCUGUGGCAGCCCCUGUCCUGGAGACUGUCAGAUGACCAACUGGAGUAAGUGGGGACCAUGUCAGCGGGACUGUUCUGAGCCCAGCAGCAGGGCCACCCGUGCCCGAACACGCGCCAUCAUCCGCCCUGAAACUGGCCUUGGACGAGCAUGUCCACUGGAAGCAGAGGAGCUCAUACAAAUAAGGUCCUGUCCCAGCUUGAAGGCGGUGUGUCCUGUGUACCGGUGGAGAACUGGUCCGUGGGACGAUCAGGACAUUCGAGAUGUCUGGUGUGAAGAUCAAGAUGGAACCUGGGUUACGGAGACGGCAUGCGUGGAAAGAGACAGACCUUCUGCCAUCAAGUGGUGUAUCCCAGAAUGCAGUGGGAGGUACAGCACGUGCAGCGAGGGGCGGUGUAUCUGUCAGGAUGGAUUUGAAGGAGAUGGAGUCCUGUGCUUCCCGAAGGAGGGCUGUGCGGACGACAGUCACUGUCAGUUUGACGGAGCUUACUGUAACCAAGACGACCGGCGCUGUGAGUGUGUAGCAGGCAUGGUCGCUUUGACGGUGACGGGUCCCUGUGUACUGACGACAGCUGCUCCGACGACCACAGUCACGAUGCCGCCCACCGAAGGUGUCCACGCCGCAGGGCGGUCAUCAGGCCUGCCCCCCUGGUGGUGGAUCCCGCUGGCAGUGUUGGUGGGAGUCCUGGCUGCACUACUGCUGGGCAUCAUGUGCUACAGAAAACACCACUCUGGUGAGGCUGUCAUCAACGAUCCCGCGUCUCCAGAUUACAGCAAGAACGAAGAAAAACGACGUCAACUCUAUGUUUCCAUGUUACCUGGCAACAAGGCCUCCGCCAAGAAGGUAUAGACGAUCGGAUGGCGGAUCAGCAGACAAGAGGGCUGAAAGGACUGGCUUUUCUUUUGUACACAUGUAUAUAAAUAGAUGUUUUCAAAGGUGCGUUGCCUUAUACUUGCCGAGAAUAGCAGCAGUCAAAUCUUAUUUGCUUGAAGCCCUCUAAAAACACUUUUCAGUUCUUUCCUAGAAUUGAAAGAAUCACAAAUUGUUGUGUGAUUCAAUCUUGUACAUUCCCAAUGACCCCCUUUUGGAAAAGAUGGUUGAAUAGAGUAAUUGGUCACGUACGAGCACAGUUAAUAUGUUAAGCAAUGAAAAUGCAAUCAUGUUAAGUUUAACUCGAUAGUUGUGAUGCCAGGAUGAAAUUACUUCUGUUUUGAUUGUUGUUGCAUAAAGCAGUCACUUUUUUUUGCAAUGUAUGACAGAUAAAUAUUUUGUGUCAAACAUUUGUGUAAAAAAUGUGGUGAGAAUGUUUAAAGAAAGAUGGGAGUUAUAAAGCUGGCAGUGUAAAGGUAUAUGAGAAAUUGUUAAGUAUCUGUUCCUUGACAGCAGACAUUUUAUAUUUUUAUCAUAAAGAACAUGUAAGAGUAAGACCAUGUUCAAAUGAAGUAGUAUUUGAGUAGUUGUAUUGUAUUCAAUAAUAUUGUUUUGAUCACUGUGUACUUAUACUCCACAAAUAUCUGUACUAUUCCCGUGCAACAUUUUGUAUCAGGGUAUUGAUGGAAAAUAUUACUACCGGGUACAUUUGUAUCAAGGGGAGAAUAGAACUUAUAGAAUUAGUACUUUUCAUGGUAGAAAAGAGGUCGAUUUCUGAGAAGUUGGCAAUGAAUGCAUUGUAAGAAAAGACCAGAAAUGAGGGAUGAAGGGGGAGAAAGUAAGUAAAGUUAAGGCUGUACAGAAAAGUGAUAUAGUACAUUGCAAGUAAUGUAAUAGUCGAUAGUUUAUCAUAAAAGCCUCAGGGAGGCUAUUUAUAUUUAAAACUUUGUUUUCUGGGACAGUUUUUUGCUUCUCAUUUCUCUCAAGAUGUCAAGUUAUUCUGUGGAACACUGACAGAAGAUUUGAUAGAAUUGUGGAACCGGGUAAAAUAAUCAGUUGAAAA